AUGUCCAUGUCGGGGUUGCAACGUGACGAUGCCAGGGGCUCGACCCAGGUCCUAACACCACCUCAUUGCAAGACAGGGUGGGCCAUCAAAAUGAUCAAAAUGAACCAAACACAGGCUGCUGAGGCCCCCAGUGGGCUCUCGCAUUGUCGUCCUCCAUACAGAAACGCCAUGAGCAUUGUUAUCAUAUCGGCAUAUCUUGACAAGCCAAACAUGGGCCAGGCCGAGGCCGUAAACAUGUGGCGACGGCCCUUUCCACUGUUCCAGCGCGUGCGAGCCAGGAUCGGCGGCGGCGACGGCGACGGCGCCAGCGGAUCGGACGCUAUUGGUGCACUCGGAUCACCUCCGCGUUGCCGCAAUACGUCCCAUCUAAGAACCAUCCCACCGUCUUCACCUGUGGAUGUUCCUCGUCUGUCACCAAAGACGAGAUAUCGACGGGCAGGGGCCCCGCCAUUGCAACCCAAUCUCUGCGAGCACGUAGUCAUCAUGCUCCGCAAAGUAAAAUGGUGGUGCCCCUGGUGAAGGCUGUCACUGGCGUCUGUUCCUGGCGUCCGUCCCCCUGGAGGCUCGGCCAGCUCGUCCCGUUCCAGAUGGAAAUGACACUAUACUCAAGGGAGGGGAUUGCAUGGCGUUGUUUACCAUCGCCGUAAUAUUCCAAC